GUUUCCUUCGAAUAGGUUAUUUCACAUUAGAUUCGUUUAUAUAAAAUAAAGAAAAAUAAAGAAUGAUGUAUUUUCACGGAAGGUGUGUUCGCCUUCACUCGAUAUAUAAACUAUUCGUUCGAAUCUGUUUUAAUCUAUUUUAGCCAAAACGUUUUAUUCUCAUUCCUAAACACAAAUGUUUGUGAAUAUUGUAAAAUUUCGUCGGUGAAGGCACUACGCGCGAGCUCAAUGGAGACGCGCGCGAACUGAACGUUUUGAAUAGCUAGCCAUGUACUCGCGCGUAACGGUCUCGGGUGGGAGAGACAGCUGUCAAUCAUAUUGAUGACUGAGAAGAUCGGUCAUUGGUUUUUAUGUUGUGUCAUAAGAUCAAAGCAACAAAUCGUUAAUCGGCCAGUCGACGGUCUGUUGGCACCGCAAAUUCGCUACGUGUUGCAUGGCACCGUCUGACCUUUUCAGCAACCAAAUCAAAGUUGACAAUUUACACUCGCAAUUUCUUUGCAAAUCGCAUUCGCAUGUAUGCACUAACACUAAAGCACUGCAAUUGUAAGUGCACCAAGUUAAUUUGAGCUUCAUCGUUCAUUCAUUCAUUCAUUCAUUCAUUCAUUCAUUCAUUCAUUCAUUCAUUCAUUCACACCAAAGACGCAAUGUCCCCUGGUGCGUAUUGUCAACUAUACGGUCACUUUAACUUGCUCUAAACGCUUUUAUAUGUGACAACAGUAGCCUAUUUUAAUACAUGCAGUGUAAACUGGCAGCACAAGGUUUAUCAAAUGGUUGUGAGUGGUUUGUGCACACUCCAUUUCUGCAAGGCGCCUGAAUCCUCUGUUGGUUCUGUCAGACAUGACACAUAUACCAUGCUAUAUGGUGCUUGAGUGCAGUAAGCAAGGCCAUCACUGCCCUUGAGAGGUUCAUUCAUAUUUAUUGCUUUGACCAACACGAAUGGUCUGCUGUAUAGUGCCUGGAAGUGUUUUGCAAAGAAAUCUUACUUAUACUGUAUAUAUUCUCAAUAUUUUACAUUGCAUUAAUGCAUUUGGCACACGCUUUUAUCCAAAGCAACUUAUAGCGCAUUCAAGGUUGUAUCAGCAUGUACUGUAUGUUCCCAAGGGAUCGAACCCAUGACCUUUGCAGUCCUCUACCAAUUGAACUACAGGAACACUGUUGCAAUAUUUUAUGCCAUGAAUUAAUAAUAAGCCGUCGCAAUGUUUAGUGUUGCAAUAAUAAUAAGGUCAGAAUUAUUAUUAUUAAUUAUAUCAUAACAUCAACAUGUGUUUAUUUAUUUAAUAUUUGAUUAUAAUAUUCAUUUUUACUGAUGCAACUUACAGCCAACAUAUCUGAGUAUGUAAUGUAUAUAGCCUAGCUAUAAAAUAUCUUUAGAAUCUCUGUGGAGAUCUUUCAUUUUUAUUUUCAGGUUUGUUUUGACUUAUAUUUGUUAUAAAUACUACGGUGUAACCUCCUGUCUGUUCGUCUGGCUGUGGUGUUGGUUACCUCACCAUUUGUUCUCCUGUUUCUGAGAAUGAGCAAGAGUGACGAGUCUCCAGAACUCCAGUAACCGACUAUUAGAGUCUGAGCUUGUCAUGGGGGACAGAUCAGCUGUCCCUGUUGUGCGUGUCAUUACCACAUUACCAUACAUUCAAAAGAGAGUGCUGAUGGAAGCCACCCGCCAGGUGGAUUUUUAGCGUUCGUGACAGCCGACGGUUUCUCAAAUCAGUAGGUACGUUAUGAUGAAUCUCCCCCUCCUCAUCACCACCACCUCACUCACUAACAUCACCCCCCUCCCCCCAACUCACACACACCAUCCUGUUCUGUUCUCGACUUCAGAAUGUGCUGUUGCCAUGGUGACGGAACGGCGCACGCUCCGUCUUGCUUUUUCUCUAUUCUCUCUUCUUCUUUAUAUAUCCCUGGCUCUUCCCGCGGAUGUAUGGUCGAUGUAACCAUCUAGGAGAAGCGUUCGGAUUCAUGCCAUGAAAUCUCUCUAAGAGGAGAAAGGAAGCGAAACCUAGAAAAUCUACACCCACCCACAGGCAGGAGACGGGGAGAGAGAGAAAGAAAAAGAGGGAGAGAGAGCAAGGGGUGAAAGAAAGAGACUGGGAUAACAGUCGAUGGAUGCUGCCUGGACGGUCUGGUUGGUACAAUCUUCUGUGACAAGGACCAGAGAGCUGCAGGGAUGGAUGGGAAGGGAAGACACAUUCCUCCAGCCAUGGUGUGGUGUGAGCGGGGAAUUCAGGUGCUUCUCACCACUGUGGGAGCAUUCGCAGCCUUCGCCUUGAUGACCGUGGCCAUUGGCACGGACUACUGGCUGUACGCUCGGGCCUUUAUCUGCAACAGCACUGCCAACUCGUCUCAGGAUGACCCUCAUAACAAGGACAAGAAGGAUCCCGGAGCCCUCACCCACUCCGGCCUCUGGAGGAUUUGCUGCCUGGAAGGAUUAAAAAGAGGUGUGUGUUCCCAGAUUAAUCAUUUUCCGGAAGAUGCUGAUUAUGACCAGGAUGCUGCAGAAUACCUUUUACGUGUAGUCAGGGCCUCCAGUAUAUUUCCUAUCCUCAGUGCCAUAUUAUUGCUGCUAGGUGGAGUUUGUGUGGCAUCUAGUCGGUUCUAUAAAACCAAAAGACACAUCAUUUUGGGAGCAGGCAUUUUGUUUGUGGUGGCAGGCCUGAGCAACAUCAUUGGCGUCAUCGUAUAUAUCUCGGCAGCGCUCAGCGACAUUUCUCCCAAAAAAGAUGAAGACAAGAAGUGGCACUACUCCUACGGCUGGUCAUUCUACUUCGGCGGCCUGUCGUUCAUCCUGGCGGAGGUGGUGGGCGUUCUGGCCGUCAACAUUUACAUCGAGCGCAACAAAGAACUGCGCUGCCGUUCGCGCACCGACCUCUUCCGUAGCACGACCUCCGCUGUGCUACGGCUGCCGGGAUACCGCUUCCGCCGGCGCUCGUCACGCUCCAGCUCGCGCUCCACCGCAGAGCCGACCCGCUCGCGUGAGCAGUCCCCCACCUCAGGCACCGCUCCCAAGAACUUCGGCCCGCCCCUGGCUGCCGGCCCCCCACCGUUUUCAGUAGCCACGCUUCCCAACCCGCACACGCACUCCGGAGGAGGGAUGGGGGAUAUUUCCAUGUACACGCUGGGUAGGGAAGGUAAGCCGCCCAUGUAUGGCACGGUCGACCGCGCCACGCUCUACCAGCUCCACAAUUACUUUCCAACAAAGGAGGGAGGUGGAGGAGCACUCAUGACGGGUACACUACCUUCCCUGUCCAAGUCUAACUUGGCUGCGUCGGCCAACGCCACCCUCAAUACCUCGUCUUCCUCCGGCCCUCAGCAAGCGCCCAUGUCAGCCGGAUCCUCUGCAAACAUGGAGAGGGAUCGAGGACUGGGAACCUUGGAUCGAAUGGGCAAAGGAGACAGCUCAAACACUAACACUCUCAACAGGAGAACCACGCCUGUGUAAUGACAAGGGGGAAGAGAUCGAAGGGUGAAACGAAUGAUUACAUGAACUGCGAGUAACGGUGGCUCGAGAUUAAAAAAAGCAACAGCAAGUAAGGGCUGAGAAACAAGCAAAGUCUACUCGCAAGCGAACGAGAAGGCAAUACAUCCUCUUUUUUUCCUCUCCAUUUCUGUUUUUGAACAUGGUGACUCGAGUAACAGAAUUCCAUCCGCACUUCUUAUUGAUUCAUGUUGAAAUACUAGAUGUGUGUGAUGGUGAUCUUUCGGUUCUUCAAACUCUUUCAAUUCCAGUGCUUUAUCAUCAGGUUAUGCCUGUAACUUAUUCAGCAUUCCAAUAUAGUUGUCGUUUUUUAUUCUUAUGGUAUAGUUGUUAUUGCUGGGUUAACUUAUACAUUUUUACUGAGGUACUUACAUUUUUUUGCACAUUGUUAUCCAUUUAACUUAUUUCCUUUGAUAAACUCAAACUGUGAUUUUUUUCUCGCACAUGUUGACACUAUUCUUCAUGAUGUCAUUCAGUGUCAAGCAUGUGUUACUUUGCGAGAGCGUGACUUAUUAUUACAUUUUUUUUUAGUUUUUACAAAGACAAUAUUUAGAUCUGUGGAUUUUUUCAUGGUAAUCGUAAGUGUAUAAGUAGUUAAGUCUUCAUAUGAAUAUAUUUGAUUUAUCAUAUUAACAGUCUAAAUAUUGUUAAGAUGGAAUAACGAUAAUAAUGAACUGCUGUUGAGACUCAUUUGGGACUGGAAGUAAAAAAGAGAACAAGAAAGAGACAGAAGUGAAAGGCAUUCAUUUCAGAGGAGCAAUAUCUAUACCUAAAAAACCUCACCAGAAAAGACAAAAAAAUCUAUUAAAUAUAUAGGCUAUUAUAAAUAUAUACAGUAUAUAUAAUUGUGUGUAUGUGUGUGUGUGGAACAACUUUUUUUGGUAAAAUAAAAUCUGAUAUAUUCUACGAAUGUGUAAAACUGAGAUGUGCAUACUGGUAGCAGUUUUGACUGCAGUGUUUUAUUUUCAUGUUUCUUUGUAACUUUGUAUGCAUGGUUCAUAUCUAAUAUAUGAUAUAUUCAUAACGCUCUGUCUUCCGACUUGUGUGCAUUAUGUGUAUGCGGUCAUGCGGAUGGAUUUAGGAUGACAGAGGUGGGUCAAAGGAAAGGUCGACAUCCAGGCCCAGACUACGGGGAUUUGAUAUGUAUGUUAAUUCACACAUUUUUACAAAAUGCAUGACAAAGAUAUUCAUCUGCCCAUGAGAAAGAAAAAUCACAGAUCUCUUUAAUAUCACAUUUUUUUCUCUUCAAUGAUAUUAAAUGGAUAGCAAAUGGAAAAGAGCUAAUUGAAACUCCUGCUUUGUUCUCCUGAUCUCGG